AUGCCCCGAGCAAUUACUUGGGCGAGGCCACCCAGAUAUUCAGUGAAACUGAACACCGAUGCGAGCGUCACCAAGGGGCUGGCCGCCGGGGGAGGACUGGUGCGUACCUCAGAUGGCGACCUGGUUUUUGCAUUUUACAAGGAGUUCGGGGAGAGCGAUGUGCUCACGGCAGAGGCAUUGGCGUUAUUGGAAGGUUUGCGGUUAUGUCAUGAUCGGCACAUCACGCACUUUGUGGCUGAGGUGGAUUCGAGUGCUUUGGUGAGUCUGGUCUCUUUUUACGGUCCUGCACGUUGGCCCUUGGUCAACACUCUACGUCAUAUUCAAUGGCUUUCACGGCAAAUGGGGGUCUCGGUGGCACACAUCUAUCGAGAGGCAAAUACGGUAGCGGAUGCCCUUGCGUGCUCGCGCCCGCAACAGGAAGGCAUUUUCACAGUCAGGGCUGAGCUUCCUCGGAGAGCCCGGUCCGCUCUCCAAUUGGACAGGCUCUCGGUUCACUCGAUUCGGCUUGGCAGAGUCCGCCAUUAG